AUGUACAAGCAUUUAUUGAGUCUUUACUGUGUGCCUUACUGUAAUGAGUGCUGGCUACACAAUGAAAAAAGUAAGACAGUCCCUGCUCAUAAAGAAUUUGCAAUCUACUGGAGUAAAACAAGAUGUUCACAGAAAAAUACCGAGUAUAUAAAAAACAAGGAACUAGUGAUUGAAGAUGGAUGCUCUACUGCUAACCUUCAAUCUCCUCACAAGUUACUGCACCUUACCAGUGAGCCAUGGCAUCACAGAAGUUCUGGCAACAAGAAGUAUCUGGGGGAGCUCAUCACUUCCAUCAAUGGGGCCAAGGUGCCUGUCAAUACCAAAGUGGUAUGUGGAGCCCCUCCCAUCUACCUUGACUGUGUUCAUCAGAAAUUGGAUGCAAAGGGCAUAGCUGCUCAGAACUGCUACACAGUGGCCAAGGGUCCAUUUAGUGGGGAGAUCAGCCCAACGAUAAUUAAGGACUGUGGGGCCAACUGGGUGAUCCUGGGAUACUCUGAAAGAAGACAUAUCUUUGAGGAGUCUGAUGAGCUCAUUAGGCAGAAGGUAGCCCAUACUCUGUCAGAAGGCCUGGGAGUGAUCGCUUGUAUUGGUGAGAAAUUGGAUGAGAGGGAAGCUGGAAUCACUGAGAAGAUGGUUUUUGACCAGACUAAGGCCAUUGCAGAUAAUAUGAAGGACUGGAGCAAAGUCUUCCUAGCCUAUGAACCAGCUUGGGCUAUUGGUACUGGCAAGACAACCAUAACCUAGCAGGCCCAGGAGGUACAUGAGAAGCUUCAAUGCUGGCUUAAGAUCCACUUCUCAGAACCUGUAUCACAGUCUACCAGGAUCAUUUAUGUAGGCUCUGUGACAGGGGCCAACUCUAAGGAUCUGGCAUGCCAGGCUGAUGUAGAUGGCUUCCGGGUGGGUGGCACUUCCCUUAAUCCCGAAUGCCUGGAUGCCAUCCAAGCCAAAAACUGA